GUGUUGCUAUAAAAGACAUGGAUUGAUCCUCCAAAGAUCAGUGUUCGGUACUCAAUUGGAAGUUUUGUGUUAAGCGACGGAAACCGUUACGGUAAUAUCAAAGUCCAAUUGAAACAAAAGUGAAUAAUUAAAUCUACAAAAAUGUACUCGAAAAUGAUCGCUGUUUUGGCUUUUGCCGCCGUUGUUAUUGCUGCCCCUCAGCACCAGGAAGCGGCGAGAUUCCCAGCUGGAGUUAAUCCAGCUGCUUGCCCAUCAUACCCCAACUGCGACAACGCUGCCCUGCACAACCCACAGCCACAUAACAACCACGCUGCCAACCAGUGGAACCCGAACUGGAACGCUCAGCCAAGCUGGAACGCUGCUCCACAACCCGCAUGGAAUGCCCAGCCAGCCUGGAACCACCAGCCAGCUGCCCCAGCCUGGAAUGCUCAGCCAAGCUGGAACUCGUACCCAGCUGUUUCCGGACCAGCCCACAACCAUUUGGCCGCCCCAGCCCCAACCGCCGGAGGUGACAAAUACCCAGCUGGUGUGAACCCACAGAGUUGCCCGAACUACCCAUACUGUGAUAACUCUGCUCCAGCUGGAGCUCCACAUGCCGCUCCACUGCCAGGAUACACCGAACGUCAGUACCCUGCUGGAGUCUCCCCACACAGCUGCCCAAACUUCCCAUACUGCAACUAAAUUGUGAUACCCCUCUGACCUCAACCCGAUUUCUAGCCGACCCCUUCUCUGAAUAUCCUUAUCUGUGCUUUAACCAUUUACUCCCCCUUCAGUGCUAACCAAAUCAAGCUUCCGUUGCUUGCCACCCACACUGCCAUGAUUGUUUUAUGUAAAUAAUGUCUCAAAUGUGAUUCGUUAUGUUGUGCAUGUGUAAAGAUAGUGUUCCUUUUUGUGUAGCAUUUUUGUUUUGUGCAGAGAAAAGCAGAUUAUUAUAAGAAAAUUGAAUGCAAUUCUAAAUUAUAAACAUGAAA